CGCUUCACCACCGUCCUCGUAACCAACCUUUUCCUAAUAUAUGACCAUAUUCAUCGGACCUCCCGGGUUCGUGGAAGCAACUACCUAGGUAUCCAAGGGUAGAAAGAUGACACGAACGCCCAAGCGCAACCCAAACGACAGCAAUGCCAACCCUCGCCCCUCGAAGAUCGGCAAGCGCGAGGCUGUCGGACUAGGUAUACGCCUAGAUACGUGCGGCGGAGAAAAGCGGCAGAUCCGGCUAUCCUUCCUCACACUUCCAGGCGAGCUGCGUAACACGAUAUACGAAUACAUGCUGGCCCAGGACGACAAGACCCACGUGUCCCUCUACUACGACCCGUCCGGCCGCCGUCGCACCCUGCGCGGCGCACGCCGCACGGCGGAAAAAAGCGGACGGCAAUACUUCGCCCUCACCCAAGCAUGCCGCCUCAUUCGCUCUGAGUUCCGCCCCUUAUGGCUCGCGACACGACGCGUCACGCUGCCCUUGCUCUUCAUCAACGAGUAUCUUGACGCUUUCACGCUGCCCAACGCGCCUGCGGAGAACCAGGUAGGCGACAUCCGCAUCUUGCAUUCGCAAUUCCCGCCGGGCAAGUCCGUGGACCUGCUUCCUCUGCUCAAGAUCUGGGGGCGCUCGAGUUUCCAGGUGGAGUUGACGGACGGGAUUCCCUCUGCGAUGAAGAUGCUGUGCUACACGUACGGCGGCUGGGAUCAUCUCGUUGAGGGAGGAGAGGUGUUGAAAUUGUUGCUUACUACGCCUGCUGAGGAGGAGACGUCGCAUCAAGAGGCUGAGGACAUUCUUAUUGUGAAGAUUAGCAAUGAAUUGGGGUGCGUGUGGGCAAGUGGCAAGCGGAUGCCGGAUUCGCUGGGGGUGAUGCCUCGGCUGGGACGCACGGCUGUCUACUUUUCGAGCGAUGCCUGGAAGGCUGGGGAGCUUAGGUGUUACAUGAGGUAGAGAGAAGAUCUUUUACCAGUGAUGUUAUGAAUGGUCGUACUUGGGGUGUAUCCGUCUCGGUACGUUUCUAUUAGCAAAGUUCCGCAUGCUAAAGAGAAAUACAUUCGAUCACAUCUUGACAC